AUGGCUGGUGAUGAAACCCCGAAGAACCAAAAUUUAAUGUUCGACAGAAGCAACAGCAUAAAUCACCUCACCGGAAAUGAAUUCUAUUUCUACUCUAAUGAUGAUGCGGAGGUGUAUAAGAAAAAGACGCUCAGUGAAUUCCAGAUGGGGGAAGGAAACAUCAAUGAGCGUCGCGAGUUGCCCCCCGUAACCACGAAUGAUAGAAAAAUCAUCGGGGACGAAGUGAAAAACCUAAAGAAAAACGAGAAAGAAGCAGAGAAAAACAAAGCACACAGAGAGAUAAGAAGAAAACAGGGAGACAAAAAAGACUACUUCUACACUGACAAGAUAGACAUGCAGCACACGUAUGAGGAAAGAGAAAAAUUUGUCUUUGAACAGGAAAUUGACAAAGUACAUGAUGUGUACAAUGGGGAAGAAAUAAUGAAAAUUAUAAACAAAUUAAAUUCUAUAAGGAAAGAAAUCGAAACGGUCAUAUACAAAAAGUUAGAAACAAAAUACAUAGAGUUCCUCACAAUGUCCAAUAAGAUUAAAGACAUUGAAGUCUUCAUAUCAAAUAUUAAAAACUUAGUAGCAGAAAAUACGAGCGAGUUGAAAUUUCUGCAGGACAAGAAAUAUAAGGAAAGUCUAAACAUAGUUAAUCUUGUGACGAGAAGGGAAAAAUUCCAGAAAAUAAACUUAACAAUUUUAACCAUAUAUAUCAUCCACAUAUAUGAUAAAUUAAUUUUUAAAAAUAUUUUAAGAAAAGAUUAUGAGUAUGCAUCCCUAAUUUACUUCGAGCUAGCCAAAUUCUUGAACAAACAUGGAAAACUUCUCCACCACCUUAACUGUAUACACCAUUUGAAGGGAAAAAAUUUGAUAGAUUAUUUCAACAGAUUGAAGCAAAAAAAUCAGAUAAAUUUUGUCGAAUUCUUAUUUUCAAAUAAUGGGAAUAAAAAUUUACAAACACAGUUAGAAAAAGCCUUCAAAAUUUAUUUCUUCCUUUUUAAAAAAAAAACCUCCAAUUUUAUCGAAAAUUUGCUAGCUUAUGUCUAUCAAUGCUUUCGAAAAAUUUCAAAGCAGGUCAUUUUUUCCUUAGUAAUUGUAAGGAAAAAGGGCGGCGGAAGCAGACCUAACCAAAGUGAAGGCAAACAAAAAGGAAGUCACCGAGAUGCCCCCGAAAAAGAAGCACAAAAUAGUAAGCACUUCAAAAGGGAAGAAAUGUAUAACUCCACCGCACAAUACCUUGAGAAAGAAAAAAAAUUAUUUUGCUCAGAAGACAAACAAAAAAAAGCACAACAUUGUGAAUUAAAAACGAGUGAUUCGCACGAACAGGGGAUUAAUAAUACUCCUCCAUUCUAUAACACAAGUGUGCAUCAAAUUCUGAAUGAAAGAAUCCCCAACCACGGGAAAAACUUCGCUCAGAGUGGACAUUCUAACCAAAAAGAAGGAACAUCCCAGGGUAUCCCACAUAAUGCUUAUAAUAUAAACGAUGUGAUUAGUGUUACAUACGAAAAUGCAGAGGAGUUAAAAACGAGAAGUAAUAAAAACACACAUAAUAACUCCCCGCCAAAUGAGAAUAACCCAAAGGACAAACUCCCAAGUGACAUAAACCAACUUCAAGAAGAAGACAAUUUUCUGUUUAUUCCUCUUAACGAGUUGGUACAAAAAUUAAACGAAAAGGGAUGCUUCCUUUCGCUUGUUAAAAUAUACCAAAUUGUCUUUGAUGUCCUGAACAAGUAUGACUCCAUCAUCAGUUAUUUAGUAAAUUAUGCAAAAAAUGAAGCAUCUAGCGGCGGUGGGAAAGGGAUAAAGAUGGAUACCAUCUCACUUAAUGGUAACAAUAAAAACGACACAGUAUCUGCCGCGAGCGAUUUUCCGAAGCACCACACCAAUCGGGGAAGUGCCACCUCUGCAAGAGAUUCCCCUGAUCGAAAUGGCAAGCCACGGAGCCAACAUUCUGAGGAUAACGAAUUAGAGAAGAACGACUCCGCGAUAGAGAAGGACGACUCCGCGAUAGAGAAGGACGACUCCGCGAUAGAGAAGGACGACGCGGCCUUAGAGAGAGGACACAGCCUGGACGAUGCCACCUUGGAAGGAAAUUCCCUCCAAGGAGGAGACCACCCUGAUAACUUCAGCUUCUAUGACCUGUUCAACGAAUAUAGAAACGAGAAACGCUUUUCUACUUUCUCAAAAUUUUAUCAAAUGAGCGACGGUAACAGUUGUUCCCCCCAAAUAACUGAUACUGUAAAAAACGUUGACAUUGAAAAUUGCACCUUUGCAGAAUAUUCCCAAAAAAUUAAAGAAAAAUUUGAAUCAUAUUUAAAAGCUAGGAGCAUCCAUUAUGACCAUUCCGAGGCUUUCCUGUAUUUCGCACUAGACAAUGCGAAUAAACUGAUAAGUGCCAAAAAUAAGUUUCUAAGAAAUAUAGAGAAAGUGCUCAAAACGAUUAUCGAACAUAUGAAAUUUGAAAACUUUGGUUUUCAUUACAUAUUCCGGUUUGCAGUGGUCACCAUUAUGUUUUGCCUGAAUUCCUUUCUCUUCCAGAGGAACUCAUCCAACAGUUGCAUAUACCAUUUGGGGGUGGAUAACCCGCGUGGAAUUCUUCCAAAGGAAGGGCACCACAAAGGGGAGGAUCAAAAUGGGGACGUAACGGAGAGCCAACGGGAGGGACAACAAAAUGACAACCCUCCAAUUCUGUCCAAUGAAGAAAAAAGCCACGAUAAUAUUCGGGAACACCACCAGACACACAUAAAAACACAAGCGCGAAAAGUUAUUAACAGACCCGAAGGGGACUUACCAACCUAUCCAGAUGCUCACGAACUGGGAAGUAAAAUUAAAUGCACAGAAUUUGUCAAAAUUGGGAAGGCACAAAAUGGACAAAGUAGCACAGAAGAAGCACACGCACGGGCAGCUCAUAUUGUAGAUAAGAAAUCGAGCGAGAAGGGUCAACCGGAAAUGCAGAAUUACCAACCAGAUGUAGAACAAAUAUGCAGGGAAUAUUUUCUGAAUGAAAGUGCACCUUUCCGCUUUGCAGAAGAGGAAAAACGAACCCAAUUCUUCUACGAUCUGCUUAAAAGUAAUCUCAUUUUUGAAGAAAUGGAAAAAAAAAUUAAAAAUAAUUUCCCCCACUUUUUCUACCUUAAUGGGAAAAAAUUAAAUGACGCCAUUAAUAAAGACAACUGGGUUCGCAUACCUACAGGGAUAAAUCAAUUCAUCCUUAAAAAGAAAUUUCGUUUUUUUCACGUUAUAUCGCUAUAUAAGAAAACGUUUUAUGAUUUUUUGAAUGUCCCCUUUUCGGAAAAUCCCCUAAUCACUUUUAACUUCAAAAGGCUAGAAGAGAAGUUGUGUUCCGAGACGGACCUGCCCCCCGAGGAUAGGAACGCCCAAGCAUGCGAAAAUUGGCUCUCAUCUAAAUUGAGUAAUCAUACGAGGAAUAACACCCGUUUCAGUAAAUCCACCACCCUUGAUAGUGAUCUAUUCGUAGUGGAAAAAAAAACGAACAACCGUGACUCAGACGAAACGAACGAAGAGGCCUACCUAAACAAGACGAACAAAAUGGUGAAUAAGAAGGAAAUUUUCCAUAUUAUUAACUUUGACAUCGUUUUAUCAAACAGUAGCAGCAUGCUCAUCAGCGUGCUGCAGAAUUAUUUAAUGCUGGAAGAGCUGCUGCCCAAUUUUAAGGAUGAAAUAAGACAGUACAUCUUAAAAGUAAUAGAUUUUUACAUGUACAUAUUAUGCUGCUAUUUUAUGAAAAGGGAAACCUUGGAAGAACUCCUCAUUGACUUAAAAAAAUACAACGACAGGUUAGGCAUAAACAACUUAUUUUUUAUUAUAAAGAAACAAGAAAAGUACAAACAUUUGUACAACUUUUUAAUUUUUUACACUCAAGAAAUUCGAAAUAAUACGGAUAAUUAUCACUUUCUGGAUACCCACAAAAAUUCCCAUCACCCUUUCCAACAGAAAUACAACGUAACAAAUUGUAGCAUUGUGACGGCUGGUUUCUGUCCACCUCUCAGCUUAAAUAACUUUUGCAAAAUUUACAGCUCGACGUGUCACUACGCCAUUUCGGAAAAGAUAAUUUCCAUUGAGUCGUUUUACUGCUUGGUUACCAAAUUGAAAGAAGAAAUAAUGCCAUCGGGGGGGGUCCCAACGGAAGAAAAAAAGGGCGAAGUGGGAACGUUCAGCGGGUGCAUUCAUAUUCCAAAUGGAGAAACCAACCAGAAGAACAAUACCCAGCGCAGCAGUACUAUGAGUAACCACCCUAGUGAUGCCGAAUGGGAUUCCUUUCUCCCCUUCUUGGAGCAAAAACUGCACAUCGUGGAUGAACUGCGAAUUUUAGUCUAUUGCGAUUCGCUGUAUGAACUUGUAGACAGCAGUAACUACAUCAGUGAAGUUGUGAAGUUGGUUAACGACGCGUGUAGUGCGCUCGGAGGGGGAAGGAACGCAACGGACGGUUACAACAUCGGAACAAGAAAAGAUUUACAGACAAGUUUACGGACAAAUUUACAGACAAGUUUACAGACAAAUUUACAGACAAGCUUAGAGACAAAUUUACAGACAGGCUUAGAGACAAAUUUACAGACAGGCUUAGAGACAAAUUUACAGACAAAUUUCCAAACGCAUAUGAACCAGUUCAUGAAUUUAUACAUUAACAUACUGAAUGAUGCGAAAAGAAAAUUAACGUUCUGCUGCGACGGAGUCGUAUCCGUCGUAGUUCACUACCUGCUAUGGAAUUUAAUAAAUUACAUUUUUAACCUAAAUAACAUCGAAAUUGUCCACCAGAUUAGUAGUGAAGUGCUACCAGUAGUAGCCCCCUGUAAUAGGAACAACCCACCAGGAAGUCCAUCUGCCCUCAUAAGUAGCAGCCAAGGAAGGACAAACCAGCGGGUGCCCAUCCGAGGUCCAGUCCCCAAAGGGAAAGAAGAAUUCAUGAUGAACCAGAAAAAGGAGGCCAAAGUUUUAUGCCCUCGUAAAGAUGCAAAAUUCUUGGGAGCCAACCUCGUCAGUAAUAAUAAAUCGGACAUACGAGAAUCGAGUACACGAAAGAAAAGUGAUGAUCCUAGAAACAGCAACAGCAGUGGUAACUUUCCUGGGGAUGCACCGCAAAACGUAGUAAACACUUUAAAAAAAUUCUUUAGCACAAUUUCAAAGUCCAUAAUUCAGCAUAUAACCAAUUUGGAAAGAGAAGUAGAGGAGUACUUAUCUCAGAGCGAGAGUGACAGUAACCCCAUCUGUGAUGUCCGCAAUUCUGUGUACAUGAAUCUAUACAGAGAGCUAAAAAAUGUGCACUCUAAAAGGCACAGAUUUUACUACAUUUUUCUCGCAAAUGGGAUAAAUUAUUACGAUCAGUAUGUAGACCUCCAUUUGUGUAACUUGCCUAAGCUCGAUCAAUUGGUUAAAUGUGCGAAUGCAGAUUUCUUCCAGUAUAAGCACGUGCAUUCCGUCAUUUUGAAGUACCACGACUCUAAGCUGGUACCUGAGAGCUACGUUACUCAGUACGAAAUGAGCGUCUUGAAAGAAAUACAAAGUAAAAUGAAAUCACGCAUUGUGUGA